CAACCAGGCAAAAGCUAUUUUGCUCUAUAUAUACUCCACUCCACUCCCUCCCAAUUUCCUCCCCGCUGUUCUAUUCUCUUCAUUUCAAUUCAACAGCGACUUCUCAUUCUGUCCCCUGCCAUUACGGAAUACAUACCAUUCAUCUUAGCCUUUAUUUAGUUUAUUAUUAUAGCACUGCCACAGGACCAGAAUGGAACAGCCCAAAUUCGUGAUCGAAGCUGCAGAUGCUGAGUCAAUGGCCCAAUCCCUGGGCCUCCCCUCCGUCCGCCAUCUCCUCCCGGCGUUGGUGCAACCGGCCCAGUCCCUAGCCAGGCCGGCGAUCUCCAAGUUCCAUGUCGCCGCCGUGGGACUCGGUUCCGACGGCCGCAUCUACGUCGGCGUCAACCUCGAGUUCCCAGGCCUCCCUCUAAACCAAUCCGUACACGCCGAGCAGUUCCUCGUCACCAACCUGCUAUCCCAUCGCUGUCCGCGGCUCAUCGCCUUCGCCGUCUCCGCCGCGCCCUGCGGCCACUGCCGUCAAUUCUUCCAAGAGUUGCGCCACGCCUCCUCCCUCCAACUACUCAUCACCGCCCAAUCUGAAAACUCCGGCGAUGUCGAUUUCAAGCCCUUAUCUCAAUUCAUCCCCAACCAUUUCGGCCCGGACGAUCUCCUCGGUGACGAAACCCCGCUCCUUUUGGAUCCUCGCCACAACGGCUUAACCCUAGCCCUCACGGGCGAGAACCGAAACGGAUUCUCCGAGAGAGAUCGCAAUUCGAAUUCUGAAACCGAUCAACAGAACCUAAACGACGGGUCCAAAACGGAAAUUUUGGAGACUGCAGCUUUGGAGGCGGCGAAUGAAUCGCACGCGCCGUACACGAAUUGCCCAUCAGGGGCGGCAUUGAUGGAUUGCGAAGGGAAAGUGUACAGGGGUUCUUAUGCCGAAUCCGCGGCGUAUAAUCCGAGCCUGGGGCCGAUUCAGGCAGCACUGGUAGCGUUUGUGGCCGGCGGUGGAGGCGGAUAUGAGAGGAUUGUGGCGGCGGUUCUGGUGGAAAAGAGAGAUGCGCAGAUCAAACAAGAAGAUAGUGCUAAGCUCAUGUUAAAGGUGGUUUCCCCAAAGUGCGAACUUAAGGUGUUCCACGUCUCUUCUGAUGCAAAUCUGUUAAAAAAAGCUCCAUCUUAAUUUCGCAUUGUACAAUUGCAAGUACUAAUCAAAGUUAAUUACCAGUAGUAAUAAGAAUAAUAAUUACAACAAUGAUAAUGAUGAUAAAACUUACAAUUGUAUUAUGUACAAUGUGUUGUUCUAUGUGUCAAAUUUUUUAAAGAUGUUAUUCGUACAAUAAAUUUGUAGAUAAUGUUUAGUUUUCUACACAUGUAAAUAAAACUUUGUAUAAGUGGAAACUUUGUUGGUAGGCAUGGACACAAUCCCGGAUAUGAGAUCGGGCUGAAUAUGGAUUGAUCAGGUUUUUAACUGCGAUUGAGAUUGAUUUUACCGUUCCGGUCAUAAUCGAGACGGAGGUAAACUUUGUGCCGGUCCUCGUUGUCUGUAUAUUGGGACCGAGAUCGAUCAGUCUCGAUUCCGAGCUCAACGACUACUUUUUUCUUCCUUGUUUCCUAUGUAGUAUUUGUUAGCCUAAUAUUUUGUUGGGGAGACAAGGGGAGCCUCCUUGAAGGUGGAGGGGUAUAUAGGGGUUGGCAUCACAUACAAAUUUCUAUAAACAUCUACUC